AUGGCUGCCCCCACCGUCGUCUCCUCGCCCGGAAAGGUCCUCCUCGCCGGCGGGUACCUCGUCCUCGACCCCGCGUACUCGGGCGUCGUCGUCUCCACCUCCUCCCGCUUCUACACCGUCCUCGCCGCGCUCGACGCCCCCCCAUCAAGCGCCAGCCCCCCGAUUCAGAUCCGCGUCCGAUCGCCCCAGUUCGAGGACGCGACCUGGGUGUACGCCGUCGAGUUCGACUCCGCCGCCGUGCGCGUUGAGCAGCUCCAGGACCCCGCCCACCCGAAUGCCGGCAAGAACAAGUUCGUACACCUCGCGUUGCAGCGCACCCUCGCGCUCGUGGUAGAGCUCAAGAGCGCGGGCACCACUCAGAACGCCCUCGGACAUGGGUUGGACAUCACCAUCGUUGGGGAUAACGACUUUUACUCUCAGCGGGCACAACUUGCAGCGCAGAAUCUACCUCCGACAUUAGAGUCCCUCUCUAAGCUCACUCCCUUCAGCAAGACCGGCGUUCAUCUCUCCGACGUCCACAAGACCGGCCUCGGCUCUUCCGCUGCACUCAUUACCUCUCUCGUCUCCGGCCUCCUCCUUCGUCUCGGCGCCGUAUCCGCGGAUGCCUUUGAGGGUGACGCCGCGGCCGCGGCCGCCAGCAAAGACCGCAAACUGGCGCACAACAUGGCCCAGUACAUACACUGCCUGGCCCAGGGCAAGGUCGGGAGCGGGUUCGACGUCGCCGCCGCCGUCUUCGGGAGCCAGCUAUACACGCGUUUCGACCCGAAGGUGCUCGCGCCCCUUAUGGCCGAGGGUGCCGACGCGUCGCAGCCGCUCGCGCCGGUGGUCUCGCCUUCGAACAAGGCGUGGGACUACAAGGUCGUGCCGUUCUCGCUCCCUCCGCAGACGCGGCUGCUGCUCGCGGACGUCGACGCGGGCAGCGACACGCCGUCGCUCGUCGGGCAGGUGCUCAAGUGGCGGAAGGAGCACCCCGAAGACGCGCAGGACCUCUGGGACACGAUCGACAGCCUAAAUAUGCGCCUCGCGCGCCUCCUCGUCGGCCUCACGGAGCUCGAGAAGAAGGACCCGACCGCGUACCGCAAGGCGGUCAAGUACAUCUCGACCAUCCAGAGUGUGCAGUGGCUCGCGAACCCGAACAUCACUGAGAAGGCGGACCACGUUGCGUUCAAGCAGGUCAUCGAGGCCUUCGUCGACGCGCACCAGACGACAGAGGCGAUCCGCGCGAAGAUGCGCGACAUGUCCGAGCGCACCGGGACGCCGAUCGAGCCGCCCGCGCAGACCGCGCUCCUCGACGCCUCCGUCGCCGUCGCCGGCGUCGUCGGAGGGGGCGUGCCCGGCGCGGGCGGCUUCGACGCCGUCUGGCUGCUCGCGUGCGACCCCGCGGGGUGCGCGCCCGAGGAGCUCCCGGUGGUCCGCGUCGAGCGCGUGUGGGGCACCCACACCGGCGAGCUCCGCGUCAGCCCCCUGCUCGCGUCCGAGAGCCGCGCCGCGGGCGUGCGCGUCGAGCGGCUCGAGGACGUGCGGGGGCUCGCCGAGGCGGUUGCGCUGUGA